ACCCACUAUAUAUACAUACGUAUCUCAUAAUAUCUCUCUCAGACACUCUUCUUCACUUCAAAAGAAGGGAUCUUACAGCCCAGUUCAGAGUUCUUUGCUGGUGAUAAUGGCUCUCCAGGCUGCUUCUUUGGUUUCCUCUGGCUUUGUUGUUCCCAAAGAGGCCAAAUCCAAUGCAUCUUUCAAGGACUCCAGUUUAUUUGGAGUUUCACUUUCAGACCAUCUCAAAGCUGAUUUUAGCUCUUCUGCACUGUCGUCCCAGAGGGAACCCAACCAAAGAGUUGGGGCUGUUGUAAGAGCCCAGACAAUGGCUACAGCAAGUCCAGCAGUCAACAGGUCCGCCGGCGAAGGCAAGAAAACCCUUAGGAAGGGCAGUGUUGUGGUAACUGGUGCCUCUUCUGGACUGGGUCUAGCCACAGCUAAGGCCUUAGCUGAAACUGGAAAAUGGCACGUAAUUAUGGCCUGCAGGGACUUUCUUAAGGCAGAAAGAGCUGCCAAAUCUGCUGGAAUUUCAAAAGAAAACUACACCAUUAUGCACUUGGACCUUGCUUCCCUUGAAAGUGUCCGCCAAUUUGUUGAUAACUUCAGGCAAUCAGGAAGACCACUUGAUGUUCUGGUCUGCAAUGCUGCUGUUUACCAGCCAACCGCCAAGGAACCUACUUUUACUGCAGAAGGAUUUGAACUUAGUGUUGGAACUAACCAUCUUGGUCACUUCCUCCUUUCUCGUUUGCUGCUUGAUGAUCUCAAGAAAUCUGAUUACCCAUCAAAGAGACUCAUAAUUGUUGGCUCAAUCACUGGGAACACAAACACCUUGGCUGGGAAUGUGCCUCCAAAGGCCAACCUUGGAGACAUGAGGGGACUUGCAGGAGGCUUGAAUGGGCUAAACAGCUCUUCCAUGAUCGAUGGCGGUGAUUUCGACGGAGCCAAAGCCUACAAGGACAGCAAAGUCUGCAAUAUGCUCACUAUGCAAGAGUUCGACAGGCGUUUCCAUGAAGAAACAGGCAUCACAUUCGCUUCCCUUUAUCCAGGUUGCAUUGCCACAACAGGCUUGUUCAGGGAACACAUUCCUUUGUUCAGGCUUCUAUUCCCUCCGUUCCAAAAAUACAUCACCAAAGGUUUUGUCUCCGAAGAUGAAGCCGGAAAAAGGCUUGCUCAGGUGGUGAGUGAUCCGAGCUUGACAAAAUCCGGUGUAUACUGGAGCUGGAACAAGGACUCUGCUUCAUUUGAGAACCAGUUGUCCCAAGAAGCUAGUGAUGCAGACAAGGCUCGUAAAAUAUGGGAGAUUAGCGAGAAACUCGUUGGUUUGGCCUAAAUGAAGAGGAGCUUCAAGUUCUGACAACUGAUCAUUGACAUGGAAGAGGAUGAUGUUAGAGCAGAGCUGAGUCCUUUAUAUGAGAAGCUUUGAUUAGUUUUGAGGUGCUUGUGUAAACAAUUUUCUCUUGUAGUAGAUGACAUGUUUGUAACUUGCUUGAAAAAUAAAAUCAUCCAACGUUGUUGCAAGUACAAAUAAAUAAAUAUUAAUAUU